UAUUUUUAGGAAAUAUUGUUUAAAAUAUUAUGUAAUAUUUAAUACAAACUCCGCUGAAACAUGGAUUGGAUUUAUUGGCACUUUAUUUGCUUAGGAACAUUGUUAUUUGUUGAAUUCGUGACAGGAUUAUCAUCGGGAAGAUCCGAGAGCUUCUUAAACUAUGCGAGGUACGACGGUUGCUACAAUGCUACAUGCAUGGGUCAUAGCAAAAUGAGUUUCACCUUUAAUGUGUCACGCAAUUCCAGUUACACCCCGGAUAAUUGCACCGGGUUGUGCUACGAUGCCGGGUAUCCGUGGGCAGGCAUCUUGAGGGAGACGGAAUGUCUAUGUCUUUGCCUGAACUGCAACAAAACUGGACGUGUUCAUAAAGAGUAUUGUGGUAUACCAUGCACCGGUGACUUACAGCAGUUCUGUGGUGGUCUAUACUGGACGUCUAUAUACCAGAUAAACCUCGGCUUCGAUCGAUCUGCUGAUUGCGAUACAAAAUCGUUUGAUUUCGAUUGGAAAUUAAUUGGAAUUGCCACGGGUGGUGCGAUAAUCAUCGUCGUUUUAAUCAUCGCUAUUGUCAUGAUUGUGGUCCACAGAUGCACUUCUUCAGGAGAGACGAGUGGGAGAGUCAGGCGCAAGACAAAACGACCUUACUCCGAUUUUAUUUUCAUGAUAAGGCGGCGUCCCAGCUCUGAACGUAGACCGAAGCCGAGUCGUGCUCCUGAACGCAACCUUGCCGCAGCUACCGCCGACGUACCACCAUUACCGCGACGCAAUCCCGUCAAAAUUGAUAUACGACCACCGUUAGCGGUGCCCGAUUCCAAAGUAAAAGCACAGAUGACGCCAGUGGUGUACCAUGAAAUAACCGAGAAUGGGGAAGAAGAAACCACAACUUUGGAAUGUUGAUGACAACGUUGACAGUAGUGGAGAAUGAUGACAUGGUGGUAGCGAUGGUGUAAUGGUGAUUUUUUUAACCCGACUGCUUCGAACAUGAAGAAAUCAUGUCAUCAUGAUUAUGUUGUGACGAGUUCUCUCCCGGUGACCUGCAUGGGUCCCGUUUCUUCAAGACUUGUACAAUGACAAAUUAAUACACAAUUUCUGUACCAAUUGAAUUAUUAGCCAAUAAGAUUGAAGAAUUUCAGUAGCUUUAGCUGUUAUUGUAAAUAUGUUAU